AGUUUGUUUCGCGCUCAUUUCUGUUUAGCUUGUCCCGCGAUUUUUCUUCGGAUCCAAUCAUUUUUGUCCCAACCUUUUUCAAGAAACGACGUGUUGGCCAUCCGGUGCAUCUGUACUUAGUUCACUUGUCCUAAAUUACACAUAUUUUACAUAUAAAACAUCAAAAUGUUCGAAGCACGUCUUGUAGCCAGUACCACCUUGAAAAAGGUCCUGGAAGCCAUCAAGGACCUCCUGAACGAGGCCACCUUCGACUGCAGCGAUUCCGGUAUCCAGCUGCAGGCCAUGGACAAUUCUCACGUUUCGCUGGUUUCGUUGUCGCUUCGUUCCGAUGGGUUCGAUAAAUAUCGCUGCGACCGGAACUUGUCCAUGGGAAUGAACCUGGCCAACAUGUCCAAGAUUAUGAAGUGUGCCAACAAUGACGAUACGGUUACCAUGAAAGCCCAGGAUAAUGCGGACACCGUUACCUUCAUGUUCGAAUCUCAGAACCAAGAGAAAGUUUCCGACUAUGAAAUGAAGCUGAUGAAUCUAGACCAAGAACACCUCGGAAUCCCGGAAACGGAUUACGCCUGUAUAGUACGAAUGCCUGCCAUCGAAUUUGCGCGUAUUUGCCGCGAUUUGUCCCAAUUUGGCGAAUCGGUGGUUAUUUCUUGCACUAAAGAAGGUGUUAAAUUCUCCGCAUCUGGCGAUGCCGGAUCGGCCAACAUCAAGCUGGCCCAGACUUCCUCCGUAGAUAAGGAAGAGGAAGCGGUGGUCAUCGAAAUGCAGGAACCAGUGACGCUCACUUUCGCCUGUCGUUACCUGAAUUCCUUCACAAAGGCCACGCCACUGUCCAGUCAAGUGCAGCUGUCCAUGUCGGCAGAUGUUCCCCUGGUGGUGGAGUACAAGAUCCAGGACUUGGGACACAUCCGGUACUAUCUGGCACCGAAGAUCGAAGAUGAUGAAAAUUAAAUUUUAGGCUCUUUUUGUAUUACUGAUAACGCUCCAUAACAAAGCGAUAGAUUGUAAGAAUCUUUAUGUUUUUAAUAAGGAUAUUGUAAAAUUUUCUCUAA